AUGUCUUUCCUCCAGCCACCACCCAAGCCCAAGAGCAAACUCGGCCUCUACCGUCUCUUGUCGCCGAACGCAGGUGUUCAUGUCUCUCCCCUCCAGCUCGGAGGUGGGAGCAUCGGCGACCAAUGGAGCCAAAUUGGGAUGGGGGAAAUGGACAAGGCGUCCAGCUUCAAGCUCCUCGACGCGUACUACGACAACGGGGGGAAUUUUAUCGACACGGCGAACCUCUAUCAGAACGAGAGCUCGGAGAUGUUCAUUGGCGAAUGGGCUGAAAAGCGCGGCAUCCGCGACCAGCUCUUCAUCGCCACCAAGUACGCGAACAGCUUCAAGAAGCGCGAAGAGGUCGAGCAACAGGUGUUCUACGCUGGCAACAGCGCCAAGGCACUGCACAUCUCGGUCGAAGCAUCGCUCAAGAAGCUGCGAACGACGUACAUCGACUUGCUUUACAUCCACUUCUACGACCAUGUUACGAGCGUGCAGGAGCUCAUGAAGUCGCUCCAUGCUCUCGUUCUCCAAGGGAAGGUGCUGUAUUUAGGCGUCUCGAAUGCUCCCGCGUGGUUCGUCUCGAAGGCUAACCAGUACGCACGGGAUCACGCCUUGACGCCGUUCGUGGUCUAUCAAGGCGCUUGGAACGUCAUGGACCAGUCUGAAGUAUUCGCGGCAGGUAUGGCGCUGGCCCCGUGGAAUGUGCUCGCCGGUGGUAAAAUCAGAACUGACGCUGAGGAGGAACGACGUCGCCAAACUGGAGAGAAGGGACGAACGAUUGUAGACCCGAACUGGGAGAGGAACGAGCAAGAGAAGAAGGUCUGCGCCGCUCUUGAGAAAGUUGCAGCCGAAGUCGGCGCUAAGCAUAUCAAUUCCGUUGCCAUCGCGUACUUGAUGCAGAAGACGACCUACGUAUUCCCCAUUCUCGGUGGUCGGAAGGUCGAGCACCUCCUCGCCAACCUCGAGUCUCUCGAAAUAUCUUUAAGCGAGGAGCAAAUAAAGUUCUUGGAAAGUAUCGUCCACUUCGAGCCUGGCUUCCCUCACUCCUUCAUUGGUGAUGGCUCUAAUGCCAACUUACUCAAGAUGUAUGCGCAUAUCGACAGAAAGCCUGUAGCCUCCCCUCUUCGGCCUUCUACUUAA